UCUGUUUCUCCCCCCCUCCCCGACUUUUAGCCCCUUUCCUUUAUUUCAGACUUGAACCGAUGCUGAGUUUGCCCGCGGAGCCCGCCCGCAACAACUUGCAGCUGGCCGAGUCGGCAGAACCCGCGGCGGUAGCGACCGGAGCAAUCAUGGGGCCCCCCUCGGAGGCGGCCACCCAAGGCUCCGCGCUUUUAGGCGCCCCGGACCCGGCGCCGGAGCUGGAAGCCGUGCCAAUGCCCACACCGGUCCUCAGGCCGGUGCUGGAGCCGGUGCCGGACCCAGAACCGGUUCCGGAGCCCGAACCCGAGCCGGAGCCGGUGCCUGAUCCCGAGCCUGAUCCCGAACCCGAGCCCGAUCCCGAUCCCGAGCCGGAACAGGUCCGGGUGGUCUCCGUGCAAGAGAUCAAAGUCCGGCUCGCCCAGGCCAACGCCCUGGCCUCUCGGGGUCUCCUCCGGGAAGCCCUCGAGUCUUUCCAGGAGCUCCAAGUGCUCCGGCGGCUCGACCCCGAGCAGCUGGAGCAGUUAGUGCUCUCUCUGGCCGGCAACGUCCAGGCGCUCCCGGCCGAGUGCAGAGCGGUGGCGCCCACCCUGGUGACCCCACAAGAGGCCACGGUCGCCUUCGAGGCGGCCGAGGUCUGGGAAGGCUUUAAGUGCCGCAAGUGUCACAGCUUUCUGUCCGAGCCGGUGUCCCUGCCCUGCGGCCACACCUUCUGCAAAUUGUGCCUGGAACGCGGCCGGGCCGCCGACCGGCGCUGCGCGGUGUGCGGGGUCAAGCUGUCGGUAUUGCUGGCCCCGGGACGCCUGCAUUUUUUCCGCCACAUCGGGCUGCUGGCUCCUGUCGAGCCGCCUCUGCUGCUGGAGUCGCUGCUGCUGCCCCUGCAGCCGCGACCGCAGCCGCCGGCGCUCCGAGUCAACGUCGUGCUCAAAAGCCUCCUGGGAAAGUUGUUCCCGGACCGGGCCCGCGCGUCGCAACUUCGGCACGAGGGGAACAAGCUGUACCGCGAGCGCCAGGUGGAGGCGGCGCUGCAGAAGUACAACGAAGCCAUUCAACUCGUUCCAAAUGACCACCUGCUUUACAGCAACCGAUCUCAGAUUUAUUUCACCUUGGAGGCUCCUGAGAAAGCACUGCACGAUGCAGAGCUAGCUUGCAUGCUCCGUCCUAUGGGAUUCAAGGCACAUUUCAGAAAGGCACAGGCCUUUGCCUCUCUGAACAUGUUGGAGGAAGCUGUGAAGGAAUUUCUUUUCUGUGUGUCUCUUGAUGGAAAAGACAAGAAAGCAAGAUCUGAAGCCCAAAGGCUUCUCCUUAGUUUCUUUUCACCAUCAGUCCCGGGGGAUUCUCAGGAACAAUCUCCUGAUAUCCUGAAGCUGUUGGCACCUCACCUUAGAUUAAAGGAACACGUAGAGUCAAUGGCUACUGAAGGCACCAGCCAUAAUCUACCAGAGUUGUCACAGGAAUGUCUUGAACUCCCACACUGUUCACAUCAAGAGGCACCAUCUUGGAGAGACAACACCAUCCCCGUGUGCACCAAUGAACUCCAGGAGAGUGACAUGAAAGACCAGGAAGGAGAAGAGGAGGAGGGGGCAAGUGCCUAUCCAGAAACCUCCAGAACUUCCUUCAACAAGACUGGAAAAUUCCAGGACAAGAAAAGAAAACUCUCCAAAAUGGAAAAUCAAGAUCCAGAUGUUCCCAGCAAAACUUCUAAGCAAGAAAUCAACAAUGAUCAGGAAGACAAACCUGCUUUUAGUGAUCCAGUCUGCUCUGUUGAUGCAACAGAUCUUGAAUGUGCCUUGUGCAUGAGGUUGUUCUUCGAACCAGUUACCACACCUUGUGGGCAUACUUUCUGCUUAAAGUGCCUUGAACGAUGCCUUGACCACAAUGCGAAAUGCCCACUCUGCAAAGAUAGUCUCUCACAGUACUUGGCAUCAAGAAAAUACAAAACAAAUGUCGUCAUGGAGGAAAUAAUUGCUAAGUUCCUUCCAGAAGAACUGAAGGAACGAAUACAACUUUUCCAAGAGGAAAUGGAAGAACUUUCUAAUUUAAAUAAGAAUGUGCCGAUUUUCGUGUGUACUAUGGCUUAUCCCACUGUGCCAUGCCCACUACAUGUCUUUGAACCUUGUUACCGCCUGAUGAUUCGGAGAUGCAUUGAGACAGGCACAAGGCAGUUUGGCAUGUGCCUUGGAGAUCCAGUGAAGGGAAAGUUUGCUGAAUAUGGAUGCAUCCUAGAGAUCAAAAACGUUCAAUUCUUUGCUGAUGGCCGCUCAGUGAUUGAAAGUGUAGGGAAGCGACGCUUCAAAGUCAUCCAACAGAGCCAGCGAGAUGGUUACAAUACAGCUGACAUUGAAUACAUCGAAGAUCAAAAGGUUCAAGAAGAGGAUUAUGCUGAGCUCAUAGGUUUACACAACUGUGUUUAUGAACAAGCAGCAUCAUGGUUUCAUUCGCUCAAAGCAGCUCUCAAGAUUCGGAUACUCAACCACUUUGGUCCAAUGCCAGAAAAAGAUGCUGAUCCCCAGAUGAACCCCAAUGGCCCAGCCUGGUGCUGGUGGAUCUUAGCAGUUCUCCCCCUGGAAAACCGAGCUCAGCUCCCAUUCCUAGCUAUGAGAUCCUUAAAGGAUAGAUUGAAUGGAAUUCAGCGAGUCCUGGCCUUCAUAGCUCAAAACCAGUAAGAAGUUAGAUAUCUGAAGAGGAGCAUUUACUCCUUCCUGCCCGGGUGGGCAUUGUCUUGUAAAUAUAUCGAAUGGCAAUAACAUCUUAACAGAAGGAAGUCUCAAACAGAGAGGCAUUACCCUGCCAUGGAUCGCAGAGAGAACUUGAAUAGAAAAACCAAAAGAAUUGGGACCUGUUUGAAACUUUCUGUCUUAAGAUGCUUCUUGAUGUGCUGCACAACUAGACACACAACAGAGGUGUUAAAAAAGAGCCCAGAAGAAAAAAAAUUCAUCUGAUUUUGACAUAAAACUUUCUGAAAGUUUCAAAUGCUUUUGCUUUAAUUUCCUUUCUUUCAUAAAUGAAUGUGUGGAUGAGAUGUGAGGGGAAGAUGCUAAUGAUGUUACUGCAUUUGUUCACUGACUUAAGCUUUCAUUCCAGUGGUUCAAGUUUUAUACAGCAUUAUGUAAAAUA